AUGUUCAACCCACCGCGUGUUCAACCCACCGCGUGUUCAACCCACCGCAUGUUAUACCCACCGCAUGUUCAACCCACCGCGUGUUCAACCCACCGCGUGUUCAACCCACCGCGUCUUCAACCCACCGCGUGUUCAACCCACCGCGUGUUCAACCCACCGCGUGAUCAUCCCACCGCGUGUUCAACCCACCGCGUGUUCAACCCACCGCGUGUUCAACCCACCGCUUGUUCAACCCACCGCGUGUUCAACCCACCGCGUGUUCAACCCACCGUGUUCAACCCACCGCGUGUUCAACCCACCGCGUGUUCAACCCACCGUGUGUUCAACCCACCGUGUGUUCAACCCACCGCGUUUUCAACCCACCGUGUGUUCAACCCACCGCGUGUUCGACCCACCGCGUGUUCGACCCACCGCGUGUCCGACCCACCGCGUGUUCGACCCACCGCGUGUUCGACCCACCGCGUGUUCGACCCACCGCGUGUUCGACCCACCGCGUGUUCGACCCACCGCGUGUUCGACCCACCGCGUGUUCGACCCACCGCGUGUUCGACCCACCGCGUGUUCGACCCACCGCGUGUUCGACCCACCGCGUGUUCGACCCACCGCGUGUUCGACCCACCGCGUGUUCGACCCAACGCGUGUUCAACCCACCGCGUGUUCAACACAUCGCGUGUUCAACACAUCGCGUGUUCAACCCACCGCGUGUUCAACCCACCGCGUGUUCAACCCACCGCAUGUUCAACCCACCGCGUGUUCAACCCACCGCGUGUUCAACCCACCGCAUGUUAUACCCACCGCAUGUUCAACCCACCGCGUGUUCAACCCACCGCGUGUUCAACCCACCGCGUCUUCAACCCACCGCGUGUUCAACCCACCGCGUGUUCAACCCACCGCGUGAUCAUCCCACCGCGUGUUCAACCCACCGCGUGUUCAACCCACCGCGUGUUCAACCCACCGCUUGUUCAACCCACCGCGUGUUCAACCCACCGCGUGUUCAACCCACCGUGUUCAACCCACCGCGUGUUCAACCCACCGCGUGUUCAACCCACCGUGUGUUCAACCCACCGUGUGUUCAACCCACCGCGUUUUCAACCCACCGCGUGUUCGACCCACCGCGUGUUCGACCCACCGCGUGUUCGACCCACCGCGUGUUCGACCCACCGCGUGUUCGACCCACCGCGUGUUCGACCCACCGCGUGUUCGACCCACCGCGUGUUCGACCCACCGCGUGUUCGACCCACCGCGUGUUCGACCCACCGCGUGUUCGACCCACCGCGUGUUCGACCCACCGCGUGUUCAACCCACCGCGUGUUCGACCCACCGCGUGUUCAACCCAACGCGUGUUCAACCCACCGCGUGUUCAACACAUCGCGUGUUCAACACAUCGCGUGUUCAACCCACCGCGUGUUCAACCCACCGCGUGUUCAACCCACCGCAUGUUCAACCCACCGCGUGUUCAACCCACUGCGUGUUCAACCCACCGCGUGUUCAACCCACCGCAUGUUCAACCCACCCCCACCGUGUGUUCAACCCACCGCGUGUUCAACCCACCGCGUGUUCAACCCACCUCAUGUUCAACCCACCGCGUGUUCAACCCACCGCGUGUUCAACCCACCUCAUGUUCAACCCACCGCGUGUUCAACACACCGCGUGUUCAACCCACCGCGUUUUCAACCCACCGCGUGUUCAACCCACCGCGUGUUCAACCCGCCGCGUGUUCAACCCACCGUGUGUUCAACCCACCGUGUGUUCAACCUACCGUGUGUUCAACCCACCGUGUGUUCAACCCACCGUGUGAUCCACCCACCGUGUGUUCAACCCACCGCAUGUUCAACCCACCGCAUGUUCAACCCACCGCAUGUUCAACCCACCGCGUGUUCAACCCACCGCGUGUUCAACCCACCGCGUCUUCAACCCACCGCGUGUUCAACCCACCGCGUGUUCAACCCACCGCGUAAUCAACCCACCGCGUGUUCAACCCACCGCGUGUUCAACCCACCGCGUGUUCAACCCACCGCGUGUUCAACCCACCGCGUGUUCAACCCACCGUGUUCAACCCACCGCGUGUUCAACCCACCGCGUGUUCAACCCACCGCGUGUUCAACCCACCGUGUGUUCAACCCACCGGGUGUUCAACCCACCGUGUGUUCCACCCACUGCGUGUUCAACCCACCGUGUGUUCAACGCACCGCGUGUUCAACCCACCGCGUGUUCAACCACACCGCGUGUUCAACCCACCGCGUGUUCGACCCACCGCGUGUUCGAGUUCGACCCACCGCGUGUUCGAGUUCGACCCACCGCGUGUUCGACCCACCGCGUGUUCGACCCACCGCGUGUUCGACCCACCGCGUGUUCGACCCACCGCGUGUUCGACCCACCGCGUGUUCGACCCACCGCGUGUUCGACCCACCGCGUGUUCGACCCACCGCGUGUUCAACCCACCGCGUGUUCGACCCACCGCGUGUUCAACCCAACGCGUGUUCAACCCACCGCGUGUUCAACACAUCGCGUGUUCAACACAUCGCGUGUUCAACCCACCGCGUGUUCAACCCACCGCGUGUUCAACCCACCGCAUGUUCAACCCACCGCGUGUUCAACCCACUGCGUGUUCAACCCACCGCGUGUUCAACCCACCGCAUGUUCAACCCACCGUGUGUUCCACCCACCGUGUGUUCAACCCACCCAUCGUGUGUUCAGCCCACCGUGUGUUCAGCCCACUGUGUGUUCAUACCCACCGUGUGUUCAACCCACCAUGUGUUCAACCCACCGUCUGUUCAGCCCACCGUGUGUUCAACCCACCGCGUGUUCAACCCACCGCGUGUUCAACCCACCUCAUGUUCAACCCACCGCGUGUUCAACCCACCGCGUGUUCAACCCACCUCAUGUUCAACCCACCGCGUGUUCAACACACCGCGUGUUCAACCCACCGCGUUUUCAACCCACCGCGUGUUCAACCCACCGCGUGUUCAACCCGCCGCGUGUUCAACCCACCGUGUGUUCAACCCACCGUGUGUUCAACCUACCGUGUGUUCAACCCACCGUGUGUUCAACCCACCGUGUGAUCCACCCACCGUGUGUUCAACCCACCGCAUGUUCAACCCACCGCAUGUUCAACCCACCGCAUGUUCAACCCACCGCGUGUUCAACCCACCGCGUGUUCAACCCACCGCGUCUUCAACCCACCGCGUGUUCAACCCACCGCGUGUUCAACCCACCGCGUAA